AGGGAAGGCUGGAUAGCGAGAGAUCCCGGCUGCUGGCGCUGAGCUGCCGCUGCUGCUGAGGGGAAGGAGGAAAACAUCAUGAGCUCCAGGAAAGUUAUGGCCAUCCAAGCCCGAAAGAGAAGGCCGAAGGGGAAAAAAGACAAGGCAGCCCACGGAAAGAGGCCUGAGACCCAGCAAAAAGCCCCAGUGUCUGCCCCCCCUCUCCCGCCGCCCCCUCCACCCCCUCCUGAGCCGGCCGUCCCCCCAGAGCCAGAGGAGGAGAUCCUAGGCUCUGACGAUGAGGAGCAGGAGGACCCCGCAGACUACUGCAAAGGUGGAUACCAUCCGGUGAAGAUAGGGGACUUGUUCAACGGGAGGUACCACGUAAUACGCAAGCUGGGCUGGGGUCACUUCUCCACCGUGUGGCUGUGCUGGGACAUCCAGGUGAAGAACUUUGUGGCGAUGAAGGUGGUGAAGAGUGCUCAGCACUACACAGAGACAGCCCUGGAUGAGAUCAAACUGCUCAGAUGUGUGAGAGAGAGUGACCCCUCUGACCAAAACAAAGAGAUGGUGGUUCAGCUGAUUGACGACUUCAAGAUCUCUGGAAUUAACGGAAUACAUGUGUGUAUGGUGUUUGAGGUUCUGGGGCACCACCUUCUAAAAUGGAUCAUCAAGUCCAACUACCAGGGUCUUCCUCUACCCUGUGUCAAGAGUAUUAUCAAACAGGUUCUGCAGGGCUUGGACUACCUCCACAGCAAGUGUAAGAUCGUCCACACGGACAUCAAGCCGGAGAACAUCCUGAUGUGUGUGGACGAUGCGUUUGUCCGCCGCAUGGCCGUGGAGGCAACAGAAUGGCAGAAGGCCGGGGCGCCCCCACCCUCUGGAUCAGCAGUCAGCACAGCACCACAGGUCAAACCGGUGGGGAAGAUCUCGAAGAACAAGAAGAAGAAGCUGAAGAAGAAGCAGAAGCGUCAGACCGAGCUGUUGGAGAGACGCAUGCUGGAGAUCGAGGCCCUGGAGAAAGAGGCUGAGAAACAGAGGGCCACAGAGGGCCCCGAAGGUGAGGGGUUGACCCACUCCCCAAAACACGCACCCCGCACCGCGGCACUGGGGCCCGCCGUCGCACUGGGUGAGAGCGAUGACGACGAUGAUGAUGAUGAAGAGGAUGGAGACGAGGAGGAGGAAGGGCGGAGGGAGAGGCCCACCAGGCUAACCAAUCACACCUGUGCUGCCCUACCCCAGGAGCAGUCAGAGGUUCCCCCCAUGCCAGAGGCAGCAGCAGAGCAGGAGGGGGAGCCCACCCCCAGCCCUGCUCCAGAGACAGAGACACAGACCCCCACUCCCACCACACCUGGGGAUGGCAACACAGCCAAUCCAGAGGGCCAGGCCGAGGAGGAGGACGAGAAGGAGGAUUGGAAAGAGGCCGUAAAGGAAGAGAAGGAGGAAGAGGAGGAGGAUGGGGAAGAUGACGAAGAGGAUGAAGAGGACUUGGUUACAGCUCCGGCCGAGCCGCCACCGGCGGUAGUGAAAGAGGAGAAGGAGAGGAGAACAGAGGAGGAGGAGAAGGGUGAGGAGACCAAGGAGCAGGAAACGGACAAAGAGGAAGAGGACGACGACGACGAUGACGACGAUGAUGAUGAUGAUGAUGAUGAUGAGGAAGAAGACGAUGACGCCGAUGAAACAGAGACGGUCGCUGACGACCUCAGCAACUCCACCUCCACCACCACGGGCCAGAACAACAACAACCACAAAACCAACGGCCACAUCCUACUGGGGGGUGAGGAGAGGAGGGAGAGAGGUCCCAGAGCCAACCAUCCAGUCCCUACCUCCUCCCCCAUCCAUCUGCACUGCCCCCUGGUGGAGUCAGAGUUCAGCUGCACGGACAGGGACCAAAGCUCCCUCAGCUCCUUCUAUGAGCUCUUCAACGGCGAGGUGGUUACGCCAGGCCUGACCAACGGGGCGCAGCGCCACAGGGGCACGGCGCCACGCUUCCCCGAGUUGCCGCUGGACCCCGACCCGGGAAUCACCGUCACAGUGGGCGGAGCUGGUCAACCGGGGGGCGCGACCUCCCCUCACAGCCCCACUGCAGACCGCAGCCGUACUGUGUCGUUGUCUAGCACCGGGGACAUGCCUAAAGAUGAUGUGGUUCUAGCCAAGGCCAAAGCAGCAGACCUGCUGGUCAACCCCCUGGACCCCCGCAAUGCUGACACACUCCGAGUCAAGAUAGCUGACCUGGGCAACGCCUGCUGGGUGCACAAGCACUUCACAGAGGACAUCCAGACCAGACAGUACCGCUCCAUAGAGGUCCUGAUAGGAGCUGGCUACAGCACUCCUGCUGACAUUUGGAGCACCGCCUGCAUGGCGUUUGAGCUGGCUACAGGAGACUAUCUGUUUGAGCCCCACUCUGGAGAGGACUACUCCCGGGAUGAGGACCAUAUAGCCCACAUCAUUGAGCUGCUGGGCGUUAUUCCACGGCACUUUGCGCUCUCCGGAAAAUAUUCCCGGGAGUUCUUCAACCGAAGAGAUCACAUCGCUCUGAUCACGGAGCUUCUGGGGAAGGUUCCACGCAAAGUGGUCGCCGCCGGGAGGUACAGCCGAGAGUUUUUCUCCAAGAAAGGUGAGCUGAGGCACAUCACCAAGCUGAAGCCCUGGUCCCUCUUUGAUGUGUUGGUGGAGAAGUACGGCUGGGCCCCUGAGGAUGCCGGCCACUUCACCCACUUCCUGCUGCCCAUGCUGGAGAUGGUCCCCGAAAAGAGGGCCUCGGCUGGGGACUGCCUCAGCCACCCCUGGCUCAACUCGUAGCGGCACCAGCCCCCCUCCCCCUAGUGGCAGCCUCCACACACUGCUCAAAGCUAGGCACUCAAGACUGGAGGGAGAGGGGGGAGGAGGAGAGGGAAAUGGGAGACUUUCUUGGUCCUGCCCUGCCUCGCCCUGAGCCCUCCACACACACACACAUAUACACACACACACACACACACAUAGGCAUGCACACAUGUAAAACAGACACCCGCAGAGCCUCAGCAGGUAGAAACAACAAGGCUGUCAUAGACCAGAUAGAGAAAAGCUGCCCCUCUGCGGUCCUCCCCAUAAGUCCCAUACAACCCCUCACAGGAGGAAUAGAGCGGCCCGGGAAUGGAGUUGGACGGAGUUAAACUUCCACGAUUCUAGACAGGUAGGACAGAGAUCCCUGCACAACAUGGGGAGCAGCCAUGGUCAGGACUGUGUCUUCCAAGACAUCUCCUACUAGUCUGAACAGAAACUAACCCGCUCAUAUGAAUGGGUUCUCGGCAAUGUCCUGACCAGUCUUAUCCUGAACCUAGACCUGUCCUCCACCCUGGGUUUCCUAUUGGAAGUCAAUGAGCACCACAGAAUGCUGACUGUGUGAUAGCUCCAUCUGCCUGACCUUACAACAGCACGGCCUAAACCUGCUGAGGCAGAAGUGUGUGUAUGUGUGUAUGUGUGUGUGUUAUUAGUCUGGGUCUGCACUGCAUAUUCUGUAGGUGCAACAGGCAAGUGUAUGUACGUCCCUCUCCUACAAAGGCGCAACAAGACUUCCAAAUUAGGAGUCGGCCCUUCACAUUACUCCUCUCAUCCCUCUCCAGCCCCUGCCCCCCUCCCUCACUCUGUAGGAGUACUGUGCCCCUGCCCAGGACUGAAGCAGUGUUGUUGAACUGUUUACAUCCCCCCCAAAGACCCAGUCCCCUGCCCUGUUCAGCCCCCUAGCCACCCAGCCAACAACACAGCUUCAGUCCCAUCCCCAGCCACCAGGGUGUCCCAGAACUGAACUGCUACCACACAGACAGACAUACAGACAGACAGGGCACGGAACAAACAAAGAUCCUAAAGACUGAUGCUCGAUGAGCCGGACUGCUUGAUCUGUAAAGAGUUUAACUGUUGGGAAAAGGAGUGAAGUGUACGGAGAGGCUGAUUGACAGGAAGGGGUGAUGAUGGUAAUGAUGGACGGAUGUUACUUAAGAGUUGUACAUUUCAUUGUUUGUUUGUUUUAGUUUUCUUCCUGUCUUUUUAUUUCAAAAGUGAAAGGAGUCACCUUUUUGGUGCCCCGUGUGAGGUUAUCCAAAGUCCAUUUUUUCCUGUUUUGAAUCCUCCCUCCCUUUGACAUUCCUGAUUCAGUCACACCAUUCCUGACCUCUUUUCCUCUUUAUCCUUAAAACAAGAACAAUCCUUAUGAGUCCCUGUGGCGUGGCACGUUUACCAGAUAUGAUUAUUCCCCCCUGUAACCUUCACAGGAAACCCUCAAACUUGAUCCUUAGCUUCUCCAGAAGGGGUUAGUCAAAUGGAGGUUGCACUUGUCUUUGUAGAUGUUGUUCAGGGAUAUAUCUUUGUACAUAACUCUGAGAUCCGGUUCUGGAGAUAAGACCGACUUACAGAAAUGAAGAAAAAAAACACAUGCAUCAUUCCUAAAAGAGGCUGUCACAUGGACAUGGAUCUGUCCUCCAGAGCAGACAGUGGCGAGAGGCUGAGCCAUUCUGGAGGCCACCAGAAUAUCAAACUGUGCCACUCUGUGGCUGAUGAGGGUACUGCAUUCCUGCACACUGCAGCACCUCUCAGUGCCAAUGCUUCUACGUUCCACUCCACUUCUCUCUCUCUCUCACACUCAUCACAAUUAGUCCAGUUGCCUAUUUUUCGCAAUAAAAUAAAAAUGAGUAUAAGUAAAUGGUGAGAUAUUUUUUAAAAUAUUUAAUUAAUUUAAAGAAGAAAAAAAAGAUACAAAAAUUAUCUGGUUGUUGUGAAAGUGACCGAAUCUCGUCCUGUUGAGGUGAUUGUGUUUGUCUGUUUUAGAGAUGUUAUUUCUUUUGUAAUUAUUAUUGUUAUAUUAUUAUUACUGUAAUUAAUCUGAUUAGUUAUUUUUUACUCAGUUGUCACCUCUUCCUCCCCUCUUACAUAAACAGUGCUGCUCUAUUUGGACUUGUGACGGUGAUGAAAUUGAUCAAACAUUUUUGCAAUAAUAGUAAAUUAUGAUUUUUUUUUUCACCAAAAGCUCCUGAUCUCACUCUCAGCCAUGCUGACUGUUCUUCCUGACAUCGACAGAAUCGCGUCUCUUUUCUGUGUUUUUCAUUGACAGAUUUAAUAAAAUUGUAAAUUAA